GAGAGCAUGAUUUAGAUAAGUAGCCGAAUUCGGAGAGAUCCGAUCCCAACCGAUCCGCUCUCUAUCGGUCGUCUGUCUCGGAGCGGUCAUCACGAUCAUCUUCAAACUAAAGAAUUUUCAGUUCCACAGCGAAUAUAACUUAGCCUUUUCACGAACAAAGUGGUUCAUAGUUUUCCUGACUAUAAUAAUAAUUAGGACGGUGUUAAUGGAUAAAGUGCAUUAGCAAGUCACGCCCAUUUCCUGCUGGUUUUAACCAUCAAACAAAAGUUAACAUCCAUAGAAUUUCAUAAACACCAUUCAGAAUACGAAGAACUGUUCGUUGAAAAGGUUUGCAGAUAAUACAACUCUCUAAAAAAUGGUUAAGCUGGAGUCAACUUCCAAUGCCAUUUGGUGGAUUAAAAAUCCCAAGGCAGCUAAAGAAUGUAAGGCUAAAGGUCGGCGUAAGACAUCAUUGGGCUCCGCUUUUUGCUUAGAUAUGGCGGAUCUGCUCAAAAAUAUAUCUCUGCAGGGAUACAAUAAACUUUUGUCACCGGAUCUAACUUUGGGACAAAGAAUGAUUUGGUUGCUGCUACAUAUGACCACCACCAUCUCACUAGUGGUGGUGCUCUCGCUUACGUGGGAGCAGUUCGUGGCCCAAUACUUUGUGACCAACCUCAAGGAUCCACUUUAUCCGGUGGAAAAUGUUCCAUUUCCUGCUGUUUCCAUAUGCACCAACAAUCGCAUUUCGCGCCAGGCGGUUAUCAAGUAUGCUGAAGAACUAAGAUUAAACAGCCCUGUGAUCCGUCCCGUGGAAUACUUUUUAGAGCGUUUAAGCUUCUUCCGCGAGUUCUACGUCCAUGUGGGUGCAGUGGUGGACACCGAUGACUUUGUUAUAUUUCAAACCUUCCUUGAUGUUUUUGGCACCUGGAACAACGAGACCUUCUUCGACACCCGACGCAUAAUGAGAAUGUUGACCCCCAGCUGUGAGGGAUUCGUGUUGAAGUGCAGCCUGGCCAAUGUGGAGAUCCCCUGCUUCAGCAGAGACGCCUUUCAGGAGAGCCUCACCAUGUACGGUCCCUGUUGCACCUUCAAUAUGGAGAACAAAUUAAAGAAACGACACUUCAAGAAUCGGCUGGCCAGCUCGGAACUGGGUCUCACCGUUGUGCUCAAUGACAGCCACGCGGAUUACUUUGCACCCAUCCUGAACACCAAUGGAUACAUCGUCCUGGUUCAUAACGCUGAAAACUAUGCUUCGGUUAGCUCCUCGAAUGCCCUGGAAAUGUUUCCCGGUCAGGGCGAGGACAGUUUCCUGUCGAUCUAUGCUCGAGUGGUGGACACGGACGACAGCUUGAAGUCCUUCUCUCCAUUUAGUCGGCGCUGCUAUUUUGACUACGAGGCUCAGAGUCCAAGCAACGAGCAGGUAAUGAGGACCUAUACGUACGCCUACAGCUUUCCAAACUGCAUUACCAGAUGCCGAAUCCGUAGUAUCAUCGCCCUGUGCCGGUGUCUGCCAUUUCAAAUGCCCCUGCAGCUGGUGGAGAACCUCGAUGGCGUGGUGUACUGCACCCUGGGACACCUUUCCUGCAUCAAUCAGUACAAGUUCAAGUGGCGCAACGUGCUGACGGAGCGGAUCAUUAUUCCCGGCUUGGAGCGGGAAAUAGAGGAGGCCUUGUACUGUCCACAGUGUCUGCCCUCCUGCAGUGAUGUGCAGUUCGGGGUUUCGAUGAGUUCUCUGCCCAUCGACAACUUUUUGGCCACCCUUAAAGUCGAUGAGAAUAACCAGACGGAAUUUAGCACGGAUAUUUCCGUGCUGAGGGUUUUCUUUGGCGAACCACAUGCCCAGUACUACAUCCGAUUGCUGAACAACGCCUGGUUUGAGGUGUUCAGUACCAUUGGCAACAUAAUGUCCAUCUUCGUGGGCUUCUCCAUGGUGGCCAUAUUCGAGAUUCUCUUCUUUCUGACCAAGUACAUCUAUGAGGGCUGCAAUCGCAUCGUGGAACAAAAUGUAAUCGACCGGAAGGCCAAGCAAUUGGAAACCAACAAGCUGUACAUAUGUCCAUAGAAAAUGUAUAUCUCAGAGCCUGGCAAAUAAAAGUCAAAACUAUUGUUCUGUUAAAUCUGUUGUAUAUGUUUCUUGUGGG